AUGGGUUUCAGUAACAGUCAAAUCACCUUCUACUGCAUGAUCUGCACCUUCCUCUUCCUCCUCCGCACCCCCUCCUCUUCCGCCCUCAUCUCCUCCUCCUCAUCCACCUCCGCAUCACCAAAACCCCACGAAAUCCAACCCCAAACCCCAACAGCCGCCAUACCCACGGCCGCCGCAGUGUUCUACAUCAAGAACACGCCGCCGUUUGAAAUGGACAAACAAGAACCGAUCAAGAAGAACAGAAAGAUGAGGCACAAGAGGAACAUGAAUAAGAAGAGAAAGAAGACGACGACCAAGAAAGACUUCAAAACGGCGCCGUUCUCGGUGAUGCUGCCCAAGGGUUUCGUCCCGCCCUCCGGUUCGUCGCCUUGCCACAAUGCGUACCCCAACUCCGUCGCUUUCUUCUGCGACCUCGCUCCCACUGCUGCAAAACCCUAA